AUGGUAGCAUAUGCGCAUGAUCUGCUCGACAACAUGAGGGAUUGGUUGACUGACAGCCUGCAGGAGCUAUAUGAACCUUUGUGGAAUGAGAUAUAUGAGAAAUUGCGCGCCGCCAAUCGACAGAUUCGGGGGAUUUGGAUUGCCGACGUAGCUCAUCAGGGCCAGAGCGGUGUCCUGAACGAGUCCAUCUUAGGAGAUGAUCCAAGCUGGCUGGAUCAUAGUCGUGACCUUUUCGCGUUGGUGAAUAAAUUUCAAGAUGACAUGCCCCAUCCCAUCAUCGGCAUUGGGCAUAGUAUGGGCGGAAUGCAGCUGGCUCACCUUUCUCUGAUGCAUCCGUCCCUAUUCCAAGCUCUGAUAUUAGUCGACCCGGUGAUCCAAAAAGGAAACCCCAGCAAAGAGCUUGCUCUUCCCACUACAUACCGACGCGAUUGGUGGCCAUCACGAGAAGAAGCGGUUCAGAAGUUCCAAUCCAACCCUUUCUACCAAGCGUGGGACCGGCGGGUUUUGGAGAAAUGGGUUGAGUACGGACUGCGCGAUACCCCGACCAGGCUGUAUCCUCAACCCAACGAGAACGGCCAGCAAGCCGUGACACUGACCACAACCAAAGCCCAAGAGCUGUUCACAUUCUUGCGGCCAGCUUACAUAGACGAACGGUCAGGUCUUCCUCGCGGGACUCCGCAGGGAGAGGUUCAUCCGAGUGAAAUCGACGAAUUUCCUUUCUAUCGUCCCGAACCGGGGCAUAUAUUUCGUCAUCUCGGCGAGCUGAAUCCAAGUGUUCUAUAUGUCUUUGGAGAAAGUUCGCCAUUCUCCUUACCGGCUGCACGACAAGAGAAAAUACAGGCGACUGGCACUGGACUUGGUGGUAAUGGUGGUGUUUCUCAGGGGCGCGUGAAGGAAGCCAUCGUUCCCAGUGGUCAUCUCGUUCCUAUGGAGAGUGUGGCUGAAUGUGCUGCUGCCAGUGCUAGCUUCAUUCAGGACGAACUAUCAGGCUGGGAAGCACGAACGAGAAAGUUGAGGGAGGCCUGGAAAGGGGUAACUCAACAAGAACGGGUCAGUAUUGAUGAUCAAUGGAGGAAGCAUAUUGGGGAGCUACCAAGGAAGCCGAGGUUAUAG